CUGUUAUAAAUAAUGAGUCACGAAACAUUACCUAGAAACUCGUUCAUAAAUUCAUAUCAAUUUUACUUUCAUUGACUUUUACUCAAAAAUGAGUCAUUUAAGAAUUGUAUAUUUUUUCAAGAACUGAAACCAAGUCAUUCAUUGAACCAUCAGCCCUCACCUUCAUGAAAUGAAAAGAUCGAUUUUUUAUUUUUAUUCUAAAUAUUGAAAAAAAUUCAAUACAAAAAUAAUUUUUCAAUCCAUUUCACCCUCAAAGAUGAUUCCAAAGCCUUAAAGUUGUAAAAAAAAAUUGGAAUUUAUUUUCUCGUAUGAUAUUCGUCGGAAAUCUUUUUUAAAUUCUCAAAACCCAAUAUUUGUCCUCUCCCCCUUUCUACCUCCCGCCCUUUGGAAUAUUUCUCUCCCCAAGGAAUCAACCUCGUUCAUUUCCACUCUCUAAACAAAAAUAAAAAAAAAUAAUAAAAUCCCCAGGCUGCGUAUCGAGCGUUGCGCACAAUUUCCACCCCCCACCCUCUCAACAAAAGCCCCGAAAAAUAUUAAAUUCCUCCCCGUCAACAAUAGAGGGAGGGGCAAAGAGAGGGAAAAUAUAUGAAAAUAUGAGGGCGAGAAAAAAAAUAAGUGAACGAAACAAAUCAUCUGAAUUAUCAAUCGCAGUGAAAGGGAUUGGGUGGAAGGGUGGUAAAAGGAUUGUUAGUAGGAGAGAUGCUAGUGAGGAGGGAAAAUAAGUAGAGUAUGUGGAUGGAAAAGGCGUUCCCCUAACCUCUCCAAGAGUGAAAUGAAAAUUUUGUGAAUUUAUUUUGACUGAGGGGGCGGCUCUCAGGGGUGAGAAAGGGGUUAUUGACCCGUGCGUAUGGACGAAGGGAAGGGUUUGUGAUUGGGGGGAUGUGGGAGACACGUGUCGACAAGAUUUUCGAUUUUUGAGAGGUGAUUUGGGGAGCGGGUGAAAGGUCUCUGGGAGGAGGAGAAAGGAGGGGUCAGGGGUUUGUUUACGCUGUUUGUUUUUGUUUUGAAACAGAAAGGUCAUGACUACCAAAGCAUUUUCUAUAAUCCAAAUUAACUUCAGAUGAGAAUAAUCUGGAUGUGUUACCAAAAACUCUUAAAAACGGGUUUUUUAACAUCAACGGCGAUGUUUUCGGGCAAGGGUCAGGCGUACCCCUCGGGUGGUCCUGUCGUGCGCUGUGGACAUCUCCGCAAGUCAGGCUCAUUGCUAGCAGGCAUCAAGCCGAUCAAGAAAAAGUACUUCGUGCUGCGCGGUGACGUGCCGGGUCAACCGGCUUGUCUCGAGUACUACGACACCAAGAAAAAAUUUGAAAAUAAACAGCUACCGAAGAGAAGCAUAACUAUGAAAAGUUGUUACAACAUAAAUCGCAGGAAUGACACGCGCCACAAGCACGUCAUUUCUCUGUACACUAAGGACGAUUGUUUAUCCCUGGUCCUGGAUAGUGACAAGGAGCUUGACGCUUGGCUGAAAGCUAUGCUACUACUGUGUGGUGAUGUCCCUGAUGGUGAACAGCCCAAGCCUACUUUCGAACAUGUGUGGCAGGUGACCCUCCAGAAGAAGGGUCUGGGUGAACGGAGGAACCUCCAUGGGCCUUACAGACUCUGUCUCACUGAUAAGACCCUGAGCCUCAUGAAAGUUGGGAGUGACGAAAGCACUGAUUGCCUGGAAUUCCCAUUAACAACAAUUAGGAGAUGUGGAUGUAUGGACAGAAUAUUCUACAUGGAAGUAGGUAGAUCAGCAGUGACUGGUGAGGGUGACUAUUGGAUGAAGGCAGAAGACAAUAACAUCGCUCACAACAUGCAUGCAGCUAUCAUGAAUGCAAUGAGUAAGACAGGCCAUAAAGAGAAGGAAGAGGUCGUUCCUCAGGUGAGGAAGAGAAGUUCUUCAGUCAAUGAGUCCAGCAUACCUAUUUCCUUCAUCAGGAGAAGACCCACUGGCAGCAAAGCCCUUGGAUUUUCACCCCUAGAGGAACAAAGUACCACCGAGGAUCAGACCGGAACGGCAUCUGCCCCUUCACAGAGUUGUAGUCAAUCACAGAGUACCUCUGGCAAUACACUGACGGCUGUUGCGGGGACUAGGAGCCUUGGGACAUACGCCAUCAGCAGCUCAACUGCAAACAGACGCCGGCACUCAGUUGCCAAUCAGCCAAUAUCCACAAUAAAUACCCAAUCCCUUAACGUAACAACAACUACCCCAUCGUUAUCAUCACCAAUCAGCGUCAUAACAACAAGCACCACCAACAACAACAACAACACGAUAACAACAACUACAACAAGUACAACAGUGAUAAGCACGCCAAAAUCCCACCAGAGAACUCUGUCGCUGCCCCUUGCCGCAGUCGUUAUCAAUCAAUCGCAAUCAUCCAAAAGAUCUGUUUUACGCUGUGCAACUGGUCGUGACAGGUGUGACAGCCUGCCCUCGCGCGCGAGGACAACAUCGGAGGGUCACCCAACACCCCCGGUGCUUAGUCAUCCGCGAAAUGCUCACAUGGUGCUCCAUCCAGUGAGGCCUCACUCCAUGUACGGAAGAGGCCUCUCAUACUCACCCCCAGUAUCAUCGAUGCCAAUAAGCCCAGCCUCUGGUGCAUGCUCAACAGACUCAGCGGGCUCGUCAUUGUCGAUGGACGAGGGGGGUGAUAAUAUGAUGAAUGAGGAGAGCAGUACGAGGUAUGGACACUCGUUGACACCUGACGAACCCGUCAUCCUUGAGGAGAAUAUGGAUGACUAUGUUCCAUGGUCCAAUAAUGCACAGGCGAAUAAAUACUCACCUAAUUUCAAAUCCCAUUCGCCGUCUCAGCAAAGUUCCUACGUAGAAAUGUACAGUCCCUGUAGCUCGAGUCCAGGUCGUGGUGGUGCUUACAUGCCAAUGAGCCCAGCAACAGCUGCUCUUAGCCACUCUCGAGCCUCAUCUCUCGUCGAAGAGUCAACCCUACCUGAUGGCUAUGUACCAAUGGCACCUGUUGGUGACGAUGGAUAUGUGGCUAUGGAUCCAUCCAAUGGCCACAAUGGUCAUUUCCCCGACGAUUUGUCGCAGCAUGGCUCUAGCUGUUCUGUCACCAGUGGUACACCAUCCACUGAUCUCAGAUUGUCAGAUUAUCCAUUAGACAAAGUCUCGAGCUUCCUGACACCCUCUGACGAUCUUUCCCUACGCCCAGCACGUGCCUACUCAGUGGGUUCACGUCCUGAGCCCUCCAAUAGACAUCGAAAAAAUCGUCUUGACAUUGCCCUUCAGGAGUCAUCAAGAGUGCGGGCAUUUUCAGUUGGGAGUAGAUCGAAAAGACCCGAACUGGGACGUAUCGCAACUGUCAUUACGUCCAGGCUACCCACAAGUGUUGAAAAUGUCAAUCCUAAUAAAUCCAACUCGGCCCCAAUGCUCUCCAGCUCCUGGGGGCACAAUUCAGUUACCAGUGACCGGAUGGAGGACCUCAUGGAAAUGGAUUUUACGAGGACUAAUGUACCAACGACUAUUUCAUCAUCACCAUCGAGUUAUUCACAGUCACACUCGUAUUCCACUGCCACUGACACAAGCUCGUAUGUGGAUAUGUCACCUGGACAACCGCAUGCCAGCAGUACUGCCCCUUAUGUAGAUAUGAGUGGUUUUAAUAAGGUGACUAGAAAUAACAACAAUGUUACCACGACUAAUCACAAUCAUAAUCAUGUGACGACAUCGGCGACGGUGGCAUCUGUUAUCCAUAAGCCAGCGCUCAAGACUCUUAAACCUGUCGUCGAGGCUGAGCCAUAUAUGAGAAUGAACUGUUCCUCGGACGAUUGGAGACAUGAUAUUAGUCCCAAACAACCACCAUCGCCAAUGCAGGACGAUUAUAUGCAGAUGAACGGUCCACCAGGAGUAAACAGAACAGCCCCAGUGGACCUUCCUCAACCCCGUAAACCUCCCGAAGGUUACGUAGAAAUGGGCCCGUUCAAGGCCCGCCCAAGUCUCGAGCAGGACUACAUAAACAUGACGACUGGCGUAAAUCGUCCCCGUCGACGCCAGCGUUCAGGUUAUACCAUCAAGCGGCGAUACAGGAGAACGAGGGGAUUAGUGAGGAUGCAGGAAGAUAAGCAGGAAGUACCAACGACAACGUCAUCAAUGACAACAGACUUUCGAGAGGCUGAGUCAUCAACAGAAUCAACAAGUGUUGAUACAGGCCUUCCUAAUCUGACGUUACAGAGUGUUGCACUGGGCUUGCAGGGUGCCUUGUUAGCUGCCCUUCAGCGUGCAGCUUUAUUACCACCUGGGCCAGCAGCAGCUGCCCUCAAUCUCCAAGCAUUGGAGACUUAUCUGACACUUCACCGACUGCAUGCAAGUGGAGCGACAGCAAGUGUCUCAUCAUCAUCAUCGACACAGUCCACCACAAGCUUUCCUGGCAUCUCGAUAUCCCCGAGAUGUCUGUCCCUCAACAUGACGAGCAAUAGCUCCUUGUCAUCCGGAUCAUCACCACUCAAGAGCGACCUUGGUAUUGAAGUGCUCCAGUCAACAGCCCUGGAUGAUGAUGAAGUGUCACAUUUGGAAUUCGUCACCGAUCCGGAGGAAGAUCUCGCCCUUCUUGAAGAGGAGGAGUCCCUCAUUCAGGAAACACCGGAGACAUCAUCGGCGUCAACAACUACUCAUCACGACGCACUACUCCAGAGAAUCACUGAUGUUCAACCACCAUCGCCAACACCACCAUCACAACCACCAACAACAUCAUCAGCACAAGCCACCUCCACAUCAAGUGAUGCAAAUUUAUCACGCAGCUGUCGUGCAUCACGACCGAAGAAGCAGUUUAUCUGUAAAUUCUGUAGCCGACAAUUUACCAAAUCUUAUAAUCUACUGAUACACGAGAGAACACAUACGGACGAGAGGCCGUACUCCUGUGACAUAUGUGGAAAGGCCUUCCGACGGCAGGAUCACCUCAGGGAUCACAGGUAUAUUCACAGUAAGGAGAAACCUUUCAAAUGCGCUGAAUGCGGAAAAGGCUUUUGCCAGAGUAGAACGUUAGCUGUACACAAGAUAUUACAUAUGGAAGAGUCACCGCACAAAUGUCCAGUUUGUGCAAGGAGUUUCAAUCAACGAAGUAAUUUGAAGACACACCUACUGACACACACUGACAUUAAACCGUAUCAUUGUGGCUCUUGUGGCAAAGUUUUUCGGAGAAAUUGCGAUUUGAGAAGGCACUCCUUGACUCACAAUCUCGGUGUAUCAUCAUCACCACCACCACCUGGUAUACCUGUAGCAGGCUCCAGUGGUGUUCUUCAAGAGACUUCAUAGUAUUUCUAAUAUCAUCAAAUCAUCAUGAGAAUAAAAGAAAAAAAAUCCCCCCACCCCACCCCACCCCUCCAGUUAAUUAUGGAAAAUUAUGAGAUUAGGCGAAAAGACUUUAUCUGAUCAUAGUUCAGUGAUAUCAAUCAUCAGAUUUCGCCCAGAAUCUCAGUUACAUUGAUAUUAAUUCAUCGGCUCGUGCUCAUACUGAUCUUAUCUGUAA